AUGCGCACCAGGGCCGGGGACCAGGGGCCCUCCGGGCGCCACAUGGGCCUGCGGUGGCUCCAGGACGCGGGCCGCGCGAGCGUGGCCUCCCGCGCCGUGGAGCACAUCCUGGGGGUGGACCGCAGGGGGGGCGGCCGGCCGGCGUCAGGCCCGGAGCAGAGGGCCGAUCGGGACGCUGGCGCCGCGACGCCGUCGAGCUCGGUGGCGGACCAGGUUUCCAGUGCCCUGCGCUCCAACGCCACUUGCAGCAUCUGCAUGGACAUACUCGCUGCGCCCCAUCGGAACUUCUGCGGCCACACCUUCUGCGGUGCAUGCCUGGGGAGCUGGGCAGAGAAGGGCGCCCGACUGAGGUGCCCCGUGUGCAGGAAGCGCCUCCGGGACGUGGUCCAAGACAGGGCUUUGGAGGGCUUCAUCGAAACUUUGUCAGCUUCUGGCCUGUCUGGGGAAGAGCUUGCCAGUCUCAAGGAUCGCACCAGGUCCUGGGGAGACGAGAAGGACAGCAUGUACGAGUCCUGGACCAAGUUGGGAAUAAAACUGGACAGUCGUAGAAAGAGCUCCUUUGAUGACAACACAGAAGACAGUGAAGAUGGUGAUGAUCGCAUUGGACGUGAUGAACUGUUUGAUGGUGAGUGCAACCCAGCAUACGCCUGGGAUGUACCUACGUUCAGACAGUGGUGCAUUUCGAGUUGCUGGGCGUCAUUCCUUGUGAUUGGAUACCUAUAUGCAGAGCUAUGA